GGACCCAAACACUAUGACCAUGCAGCAGCCCUCUAGCCCUGAGGUUCCGACCACCGACCGUGUCGUCACUGAGCAGCCUAACUACCAGGAGGAGAUGAAGAUGAACUUGCGUGGUGGUGGUGCCGGUGAUGUGUGCUGUGGAGUCUGCGCCGGUCUUCUCUGCUUCGAAUGCUGCGAAGAGUGCUGCUAGACACCUACCCUACCAUACCCUACACUACA